UUUUUUGAUAUAAUAAAUUGUUUCGGUGGACUCGUUAUUCAUACAGCGUCGACAAUACUACAGGUGGCUGUCAUCAUCCAUUUGAGACUCAGAGAAGAGCCUUUAAAGAUGCCACGCAGUCCCCUCCCUGAGGAGGGUGGGGUGGACUUUGAGCCUUCCAAACUGCAAAUCAGCCUCCCCUUCGACUCGACUCUGCUGUGGCUAUAAAAGUCCUGAGUGGAUGCUGAUUCUUUAGUCUCAUCUGAGUACUCGCCAACCCCAGGGGACGGAGCUCGGCGGAAGCCCAUCAUGGGGGAUUCAAAGCUCUGGCUUUUGCUGCUUCUCAGCACAACUACCUUAGUUGCUGCCCAAUUUGAUGACCCCCCGACCUGCUUACUUGCCAAAAGAUACAAGACCAUGCACAAGUAUGAAUAUCAAUACGAAGCUGAAUCUCUGAACAGCAUCGAUGGAGGCUCUCUACUCAAGAACGGACCCAAAGCCAUCUGCAAGGUUGAAAUUGAAGUGCCCCAGACGUGCAGUUUCAUCGUCCGCACCACUGGCUGCAGACUGAGUGAGGUCGUUGGCAUGGAUCCAGCUGGAAACCCAGAGUUCAGACCGGCACCCACCUCUGACGUCUUUGCUGCAGAAAUGGAGCGGUAUCCUCUGAAGGUCGUGGUUGAGGGCAGGUACAAUGUGAAGCUGUACCCUGAGGAGGGUGAGACCAGCACCAUCCUGAACGUCAAGAGAGGAAUCCUGUCAGCCCUGGCUGUGCCUCUGAUCGAGGAAGACCAGAACAGCAUGAUGCCAACGAUCCACGGGAUGUGCCAGACCUCGUUCAUUGUCAACAGCAGACAGAACAUCGCCACUGAUGUCAGCCUGACCAGAGAUCUGUCCAGAUGUGACAAGUUUGUCCCCAUCAGAGACCACAGCAGCUCCCUGGCUCUCAUCUCUGGCCUGCAUUACCCUCUGGCCCAGCUGAUCAGCAGCUCCCAGACUUGCAACUACAAGUUUGACAAUGACAGGAAGCACAUGACCUCCACCGCCUGCACUGAAACUCACGUCCUCCUGCCCUUCUCUAACAAAGGCAAAUCUGGCGUCACAAGUGUUGGAAAGCAGCUGCUGACUCUGGUCCAGGUUUCUUCUCACAACGACAGAGUGUUUGACCACACCGACAUCGUCAAGGGUCUUCACAUGGAAGCCGUCACUGACAAGUUUGCAGUCCAGGACAAGAACCUUGUUCUCUUCGUCUUGAGGGAACUGGCUUCUCUGCCAGAGACGGAGGGCGAGAGGAGAGCCCACCUCUUCUUCAAGCUGGUCACCGUGCUGCGCGGAAUGACAGAGGAGACCCUGAUCCUCAUCCUCCCUGAAGCACAGCGAGUGUCUUCUUCCCUGACCUACCAGGCUUUGGCCCAGUGUGGAACUCCUGCCUGCAACAGCGCCAUCUUGGAGAUCUUCAAGUCCUUCGACGAGGCUUCAGUCCAGGUCGACGCUGCUGUCUUUGCUCUGGGACUCGUGUCCAACCCGUCACCCCUCCUGAUCCACGGCAUGUUGGAGAUGGCUAAAAUAAAACCCAGCAGGCCGGUCAUGUACGCGCUGAGCAAUGUGGUCAAGAGGUUUUACAAAGCUGAAGAAAAAUUGAUCCCUGAGAUUCACGCUGUUGCCAACUUCAUGGCCGCUCAGCUGGGAGACUGUACUGGUGAGGAGGAGAAGACCUUCUUGACCUUGAGGGUGGUUGGAAACAUGGCCCCUGCUGUUAUGAUUGCUGGUCCUGCUCUCAGAAUGAGAGUGAUCCAGUGUAUGAACCAGGCUGCAGCUUCAGCCUCCGUCCAGCAGGCCGCCAUCCAGGUUUUCAGACUGACCCCAGCCCCAAGAGAGGCCACAGAGGUCCUGAUGAGGGUGGUGAUGGACAGAGCCGCCAACGUGCAGAAGCGCGUGGCCGCCUACCUGGUGCUGAUGAAGAACCCUGAGGCCAGACAGCUUGUCAUGCUGACCAACGCUCUGAAGAGUGGAGAGAACAACCAGUUCAAGAGCUUCGUUGUCUCCCACAUGACCAACAUCAUGUCCUCCACGGAGCCUGAGACCAAGGAACUGAGAAUGAAGAUCCGUGAUGCAGUGCAGGGUAAUGAGAUCGGACCCAUCAUGGCCGCCACCAAAUUCUCCCGCAACUACAGGAUGGGAUCUAUUGAGGGCAACAUGAUCUUCGAGGGCUCCAGCUACCUUCCCAAGGAGGUCAUGCUGGAGAUGACCCUGAAGGCCUUUGGCUUCGACGUUGACAUGAUGGAGAUCGGCAUGGAGGGCACUGGACUGGAACCAACCGUCGACGCUCUCUUUGGGAAGGACGGAUUCUUCCCCAGCUCCGUCUUGAGGACCAUGUACUUUGUCUCUGACAGUGUUCCACUCAAAGUCAAGGAGGUCAUGUACGACAUGAUGCCUGCUCUGAAGAGGGAGAGCAUGAAGAGAAAGGCAUCCCAGGGCUUCAUCAAAGAAAUCGGUCGCAACCUGAACAAACUGAUGAGGGACCUGAAGAACUCCGAGUCCCCUGAGGCCACGGUUUACAUGAAGCUUCUGGGAAACGAAAUGGGAUACAUGAAGACUAAAGACAUCCAGCACAUUGUCAACUCUGCUUCCAUAAUGGCCGACCGAAUGUUCAAGAUGUUCCCCGCUGAGAUCAUGAAGGAUAUCAUGGCCAGGGACGACAACACCUUCUUCGCUCACUACUUGUUCAUGGACAACCAGUUCUUCCUGCCCACGGUCACUGGUUUUCCUCUGAAGGUUGUCCUGUCUGGUACCUUUGCUCCUGGUGUCAAGGGUGGACUGAAGAUGAACCGUGGCAUGAACGAGUUCGCCUUCAUGCCCUCUGCCAACGUGGAGUUUGUGACUAGGAUGGGCGCCAUCAUCCCAGAGUUUGUCAACAGUGGAAUGGAAAUGCACACCAACAUGUUCCACGAGAGCGGACUUAAGGCUAAGAUCAGCAUGGGACGCGAGGAGAUCAAGAUGACCAUUCCCGCUCUCAGUGCCCCCACCAAGAUCUUGAAAGUGACAAACACCCUGGUUUCCGUGACCAGCUUGGAAGUGAAAGCCGUUCCCCCUAUGGUGAUGGGGAAAGUGGAGGUCAACAAGUGCACGCCCUUCUUUACUGGAAUGAGAUAUUGCUCAGUGCUGCAGUACUCCGACCUCUCUGAGGGCAACACACCUUACUCCCCCUUCAUCGGUGACAGCAAGUUUGCUGUGGAGCUCCAUCCCACUGGUGAAGUCACAGAGUACACCGCCUCACUGGUCCACGAGGUCUUCACGGAAGGAAAUGAUGGCAAAGAGAACGUUGAAAGCCUGAAGUUUGUCGUGAGAUCGGAUGGAGCAGAGCCCACUGAAGCCAGUGCCGUCUUGAAGUACAACAUGAAGAGGAACACGGUCACAGCUGACGUGCGGAUCCCCGACUUUGACUUUGAUGCAGGACUGAGGCUUGGUGUUGUCAAUGGAAACACUAGAGGCAGAGGAACCCACUCCAUCCACCUGGAUUUCAUCAACAAGAACAUCCCUGUGGUCUCUCUCAUUGGACGUGUCAGCAUGGAGGCCAUGAAGAAGGGAAUGCUGCAGGUGCAACUCCUCGCCCCGACUUUAGCAACGGAUGCUAGCGUGACAGCCACAGUGAUGCACGCUGAGGACACUGAGAUGGAGCUCAGGAGUGAAGUGAAGUUCCUGAACACCAUGUCCAACCAGAAGAUCAUCAUGAAAUACGACUCCGAGAAAGUUGGUGUAGAGUUCAAGUCUGACAUGAAUGCUGACACCAACAUGUUGCCCAUCAGUGACCUUCUGAUGGUAUACGGCAACAAACUGCUGGAUACACAAGUGGGUCGGACCGACAUAAAAGUCCGCCACAUCUUCAAGAAAUUCGGAGAGGCUGCUAACAACUACAUGGAGAAGUAUGGUGCUGAGAUGCCUUACAUCCAGAACUUGAGAGUUCCUGAGAUGCCCGAGAUCUCCAUCCCAGAGAUGCUCUUCAUGAAUGUCGAGUCCAAAGCUGUCUACUACUUCAACAAUGAGCGCUUUAACAUCAUGAUCCCCAUACCUGUUGGAGGAAAGUCAACCAGUGACCUCAACUUCCCACCAGUGCUGUCGACACCCCACGUGUCUGUCCCUCAGCUGGGACUGGAGAUCGUCUCCAUGGAGAUUCCAAUCCCACAGAUGGUGAUCCCACCCAGAAUCAAUUUGGCGAUCCCCCUCUUUGGCAAGGCUGAAGUUUCAACCAUGAUGAAGAGCAACAUGUACGACAUGGAGGCCUCCUUGGCUUUCGGCAAAGACGUCGUGGAAACACCCAGUUACUCAGCAAAGGUUGAAAUGAAGGGAACCUCUCCUCUGGAAGUCCUCGGAUUCAAAAUCGAAGGCUCUGGAAUGCUGGCCACAAAAGAUGCAAUCAAGGCGCAGCUGGCCGGCUCUUUGGUGCACAAGUUUAUCGAGGCCAGGGUCUCGCUUGCCGAGGAUUUGACCUUUGACGACAAAAUGAACCUGAAAUCCACCGGUAAAAUUGAAGCAACAAGUCCUUUCGGCCUAAACUUUGGCCUUGAUCACACCGGCAUGGCUCAGAUGAACUCCCAGCUGAUCUCUGGUGAAAGCAACUUUGACGGAAGACUCAACGCUGGCCCAAUUGUUGGCAAGACCAUCUCAGUCCAGACCGUUAGAAUCAUCCCAUCCAAGCUGGAGGCCAGGAUUGAGUCCACGUUUGAGCUGGAUUCCAACAUUGUUAAGGCUAAAAACAGAAUUGGAGCUGCCCUGGUCAACGGUGAGCUCUUACUUGUGUCCAACACUGAUGCCUUUGAAAACAAUCUGAGACAUGUGGCAGAGCUUUCCUUCAAGGAAAACAAACUGGCGCUCAGACAUGCAGUAACAGCCAUUGCCCUUGGUACGACGCUCCGCAACCAGGCUGAGACCACUGUUGGAGCUGGUGAAGUUCUCUUGAAGAUUGAGACCAAUGCGGCGCGCGCUGAAAACCUAGUUAACUAUCUUUUGAUGGGCUCUCUCAACGCCGAAGGCUUUGGUCUGAGGAGCGAAGGAUCUGCGAAGAUGAUGGAGAACGAGGUGACUCACAAAGCCAUUCUGACAAUGAACAAGGAUGGCAUCACCACCAGUGGAAGCACCAUCCUUCACAGCCCUGUGUCCUUCGAGAACACCUUCAACGCUGUGCUUGACAUGUCGAAGGCUGCUGUGUCCAUCUCCAACAACGCUGCCAUGAGGAGCCUGAAGUUCACUAAUGCCAACAGUCUUACUGUCACUCCCGCUAGCCUGAACUUCAUCUCUAAAGCUGAAACCGCCGGCAGCGAGUAUGCAUCUUACGGCCAUGACAUCACCUUUGACAUCAAACCAUACACCGCAGCUGCACAGAUCAGUAACAACAUCAAGCUUCUGAGUGCUGAAUUUGUGAAUGAUGCUAGGCUCCUGGCAGAGCUUUACAAGUUGGAGUUCACCGGAAGUAUGAAGGCCUUCCACGGGCAACAGGAGAUCAAACAUAUCUAUCAGGUUAGCUACAAGGAUAGGACUGCCAUCGUGAAGGGCAUUACGACGGGAAUGCUGUUCGGCAACCAGAUGACCCACAACACAGAGCUGGAAAUUGUCGGUCUGGCGGCAAAGUUCACCAACGAAGCCCGCAUCAGUUCACAGCCAAUCCGCUAUGACCACAGCAUCCGCUGCAGCGUCAUUCCUUUCGACUUCAACCUCGAUGCCCUCUUUAACGCCGACGGAGACGUGGCACUGUACGGGAAGCACAGCGCUCAGCUCUACGGCAGGUUCCUGAUGAGAGCCCAACCCCUGGCUUUUGGUAGCUCACACGAAUACAGGGCAUCGAUGGCACACAAGCUCGAGAACGGCAUUUCCAUCGAGAACACCUUUGAUAACAAGAUGGACACUGUUCUUUCCGUUGAGGAACAGAAGACCAGUCUCAGGAUGAAGUCAAAAAUCAACGAGCAUGCCUUCGAUCAAGAGAUGAGCAUUUACAACACGGCUGAGAGAAUCGGCAUGGAGCUCUCUUCAAUGGUGAUGACCAACCUUGUCAAUCCACACUCCACCGACAACCAGGAGUUCUCCUUCUCUGGCUUCCUCAAGUAUGACAAGACAACCAACUGUCACAUGAUUCAUCUCCCUCUGAUGGAGCACGUUCCUCUCAUCCUGGAAAACCUGAAGGAGGUUAUUGUGAGUUUUGCUGAGGCUCUGCAAAAGUACAUCAACGAUCAGGAGGUUCAGGCCAAACUUGAAAUGAUGACCAGGCACAUGAUUGAAUUUGUAACUGGAAUGGAUCUUGAAGGCAAAGCCAUCAAGAUGAAGGAAUACUUAGAUGAUCUGACUAAAGAAUACGCGUUCACCAUGGAGGAUGUGGAUUUCGCUCUGAGAAACCUGAAGAUUACUUUCGAGAGGGUCAUGGUCAAUUUUAGCGAUCUCGCCAAGAGAUUCCUUAGCAUGAUGAGGGAAGUUACCGAUCGCAUCAAGCUGCCCGAAGUGGUCGUUCAGAAGAUCCAAAUGGUAAUUGAAUAUCUCAACGAGGAGUUUGAUAUCAAGGAAUCAGUCAAGCAUGCUCUUGUCUCUUUAAGAGAUAUGAUUGAUCGCAUUGACCUGGACAAACUGAAGGGUGGCAGCCUCGCCUUCAUCUGUGACAUUGACAACCACUUCCGUAUUAGAGCUUUGCUCAAGUCCAAUUUGGAUUUCUUCAUACGCGAAGUUGACCGUUUCGAUCUGGUCAAAUUUUGUUCUGACGCUAAACGAACCUGGGACGAUUUUUGGUAUCACCUGUGGUAUUCGGUGGUGACCAAAGGCAUAGAACAAACCAUCCUCGAUACAUGGAAUUCUGGAAUUGAUCUGAUUCGAAAAUGGAUCAAGAUCUUUAACGUGGUGGAGAAGAUCAACGCAGUCCUUGCCAAGAGCAAAGAAAUGCUUGUAAAACUCGGGAUAGAGAAACAGAUUCUUCACGUCGUGGACAGAAUCAUCGUGCUUGUCAAACAAUUCGAUGAAAUGCUCAACUCUGCAUUGAAGACAGUGAAGGACGCUGACAUCCCAGCCAAGGUCACCCGUGUCACCGAGGACGUCAUCGCCUACGUCAAACACACAGACGCCAAAGAGAUGAUUCGGCAACUCAGUGGAUUGAUUGAAACCAUUCUGCAUCGUCUGAAGUCGAUGAAGUACAAGGACCUGGUGGCGUUUGUCAAUUUCAGUCUGUAUGAUGUCACCGAUACCGUCAACAGGAUGAUCACCACACUCGAAAUUCCCCAGAAAGUGGAAGCAGCUAAAGAGUUAGUCAACGCUUUCCUGGUCUCAUUGAAGGCAUUUGUGGAUAAAUUGGGCGAAAUCAAAGUAUCUGAAGUGGUAAAAUCAGUUAAAGAAAUGGUGGACUUUGUCGUGUUUGACAGCCUGAAGGCCUCCCUGGAGCACGUGAAAAUGGUGGUUGAAGACCUGAAGAUCAAAGACACAAUUGAUUUUUACCUAAGUUUUGCAAGCAAAGAAUACAGAUUCUUCAUAAAAGCAGUCACCACAGUGCUGAACAAAAUCGUCAUGGUGGUGUCUGAUACAUUCCCCGAUCAGAAGUUUACUGAACAGAUCAAGGGGAUGGUUGAAGCCAUCAUUGUAGAACUGAGGGCAUCUGAAGUGACCAUUCCAUCCUUCAUCGUUCCAUUCACUGACCUUGUUGUACCAUCCGUGAAGAUCAGGCUGGCUGCUCUGGACAAGGUCAACAUCCCGACUGAGCUGGACAUCCCAGAGUUUAAAAUCCUCGGCAAGUACACGGUGAAGGCCACCAAGAUUUCCUUUGACAAGAUCAAGGAGAUAAUCAUCGAACUCAUCGACUACUUCAUGAGCCUGGACAUGAGUUUUGUCGACGUGGAUGCUUUCUUCGGAGACCUGCGGAUGAGCUACCUCCCUUACAUGCCUGAGAUUAGGAUCCCAGAGUUCCAUUUUAGUCAGAUCCCAAUCCCUCAGAUCCCGCCAUACUCAACAGAACAGCUGGUCAAGUCUCUUCAAAUCCCAGAAAUCCAGUUUCCAGUCAUCCCAACUGACAUUUCAGUCCCCUGCUUUGGAAAACUCUAUGGUGAGAUGAGAUUUAACACUCCCGUCUAUGCCAUCAAGACUUCCGCAGAGUUCCUGAAUUCCACUGAAAGUGCAUUGACCCCUAAAUUUACUGGAUCCUUCUCCUCCCAGGGCACAUCACCAUCUUAUGAGAUUCUCAAUUACAAAUUUGAUGCAAGUGCCCACGUUGCAAUGCCCAAGAGGAGCCGUGUUGUUCUGACAGAGAACGUAAGAAUCAAGAACGUUGCUUUCGGAGUUGAGCACCAGGCAUCUCUCUCUCUGUACGGCUUGUCUGCCCAGGGCCAGGCCAAGACCACGAUGAAGGUCACCACCGAACCUUACAAAGCUAAUGUACUGAACACAGCCUUUAUUGCUAUGGAGGAAGGCAUGUCUGCGUCUCUCGACACAACUUACAACCAUGUCGUGGAAAUCCCAAGUCGCAACAUCAAAAAUGAAGCUGUUGCUACUCAGAAGGUGAUCGCCCGCCAAAACGGCUUCACUCUCUCCGUAACCGUGGACAACAUUGGCAAAAGCAAGUUUGACACUGCAACUGCAAACCAUAAGAGCAACCUUCAGGUUUCACUCAAUCCUAAACUGAUGACACUUGACUUCACUGGUGACACCGAUUCUCCUGUCUUCAAAAUGAGGCAACAAGUAACAGCUGAGUCCCACCCACUGUCUCACCUCAGGUUCAGCAUUCGCUCUCAGGACGAGUCGCCGAUGAAGAACACCAUGAUCGUGUCAUCUGGCAUCAUCAGCUUGCAUGACAUAAAAGCUGAGAUGAAGGUGGACCACAACACCGAGCUGUUCGGAUCAGUCAACGGAGUCAUUACUAACGGAUUCAACCUUUUGGCUCGACCCUUUGAGGUCCUCCUUGAAGCCCAAAACAGAGGAAAGCUCAAUGUGUUUGAGAAGGUGACCGCCAAGAUCGAGCUGCAGAAUGACUACUCAGUCUUCCUCAGACCGGCCAACCAACUCAUUAACACUGUGGCCCUGGCUCGUCUCAACCAGUACAAAAUGGUGUCCAACCUCACUGUGCUGAACGACAGAGAAGAAGCAGGUGUUGUCCUCGCUAUGGACGGUGAUGCCAACCUUGAUUUCCUGAAGUACCCCAUCACCAUUCCUGAGUUCGAAGUGCCUUUCCUGGGCGUCCGUACCCCGGAGUUGACUGAUGUUGACUUGUAUGAGCAGACUGGCCUGAAGAACAUCCUGGUUACAACCGAACAGAACAUCAAUCUCAACGCUAAAGUCGUCUACCAGAAGAUGCCUGCUGCUCCAAGAGUUGACGUGAUGGGUCUGAUGACGGUUCCUCCCUUGGGUAACCUGAUCACCGAGCUGACCUUCAAGUCUGCCGUCCUCAAUCUGAAUCUCAACGCCGGUCUCUUCACCGAGGAGGAUCUUGUAUUCCGUCUGGCGGCCAUCACUGCGUCUGAGUUUGAGAGCCUGAGAGCAAAACUUGACGGAACUGCUAGCCUGACCUUGAGGAGCGGAAUGAAGUUGGCCAACUCCAUGUCUCUGGUAAAUCCCCACAUCGAAGGCACCCACGACUGUGCCAUCACUCUGUCUGCUGAAACUCUUGAGACGGCCGUCACGGUUGCAACUGUCGCCAAGGUCACCUUGCCUGUGUUCAACUUGGAUGUUGCUCAGAAUCUGGUUGCCAGCACUAAAACCAAAGAGCAUGUUGUUUCCACUUUGAGGAUAAAGAGCACUUACAACAUCCCAAUGAUGAAAGCUGUUGGAAACGCAAAUGCUGAUCACAGUCUGAAGCUGGAGGGAACCUUGUCGGACGUAUCUGUGGAGGCCAUCACCAGAACUAACGUGGAAGGCACACUUCUCGAGGGCUUUCUCAACCUGGAAGUCCUAAAUGAGGCCAAUGUUUUCUUAAACCACGCCGGCCUGCGUUCCACCUCCAAGCUCAUCGGCAAAACCAAGCUCCACCACGCCACCAAGACCAUCUUCAACAUGGACGUCGAUGAGAACCUCUCGGUGGAAGCCUCCCUAAGCAGGGUGUUUGCAGCGCUGACGUACAACGGCGUCAAUGAGGUCGACAUGUUCAGCUUCACCACUAAAGGGAAGCACAUGGCCAAGGCAACACUGGAUCUGGCCCCCAUCUCAUCCAUGACUGCCAACAUUGAGAUCGACGUGGCCCAGCCGAGCAGCGCGGGAGACUUCUCCAUCUACGACAAGACAGCUGCCGAAGUGACGGCCACCAGGCAGAAGAUCGACACCAACACCAAGCUCAUGACACCCGUGUACAGCACAAUCAUCGAUGCCGUCAUCGAUGGAAGCGCCCCCGUCUUCACAGUCGCCCUCAAAUCCUCCGCCAAAAGCGUCAUGGUGUUCCUGGACUACGACAUGUCCGCCUCCUCCACCACCAACUUUGAGAACGCAGCCAUGAACAUGGUCAACAAGUUCCUCCUGACUCACACCGACAUGAAAGUGGACCUGACAAACAUCAUCAACCAGGCUCUGUGGACUCCGACUGACGGAAGCUACACUCUGAAUGCCGACAUCACAAGUCCCACCUUCACUGACAUGAACCUGCGUUGCGUCGCUCGCCGUGAAGUCGUCAGCGCUUCAGUUUCCAUCCCCUCCGUCGGGUUCUUGGGUCUCCAGUUCAACGGCAGAGUUCCCUCUCAGAUGAGUGCCAGAAUCUACGGCCGUUAUCCAUCUGCCCCGGAGGUCGACGUUGACAUCUUGGUCAUCAGAGCUGUUCCAAAAGACAGCGACAAACUGAGCCUUCAGAUUGUGUACGACACAGAAGCCCCGAUAACCAUGGUCUCCGAACUCAGGAUGAGACUCCCAUCCAUCAUGGCUUCAUUCAGCAAGUUCGCUGACAAGUACCAGAUCACAAAGACCGUCACGGAGUUGUGGUCCAUGGUUGAGAGACGCGUCCUUGAGGCCUACGAUGCUGCCAUUCACUACGACAUGAGCCUGAGCCAGCUGUCAAUCUUCUUUAGGAACACCGUGGUCCAGUACCAGAAGAGCGUUGAGGUCUUGCUGGAGGCUGUAGUUAAGUUCCUGAGAGAGGCGCAGUUUAAGAUUCCCGGCACUGACAGGUUGACCACUCUCCCCGAGGUGUUUAGGGAGGUCACCAGCAGCUUCGCCAGCAUGCUAGACAGAGUCAUCCGCACCCUCUAUGAGUUCACCGAGGUCCACUUCAACAUGUUCGUGGAGAAGUUCAGCCAGCUGAAAUUUAAAAUGCCUCUGGGCGACGCCGUCACCGGAGCUCAGAUCGUGGAGAGGGUGAAGACAGACGCCAAGGUCAUCUACGCAGAAGUUCAGGACAUUGUGAGGAACAUGGAGAGUCUUGACACCAUGGUGGCAAAGAUCAGCGAGACCUUCAAAGCCCUCGUGGUUAAGACGCAGGACUUUGUCGAUUCCAUCAGGUCCGACUAUUUAGACGAUGUCCUGGUCAAGGUCAACGAAUUGUACCGCCGAUUCCUGACUCUCGUGAAGGAAGGCGUGGAUGAAAUCUCCAGACUAAACGUGCAGGACAUCAGACACUAUAUAGAUGAGGGCAUUAGAAAGUUGGUUGCUUUCAGUGACUGGGUCUACAACAUGAUUUACAAUUAUAUGCACAGAGCAUCGGAGGAGCUGAAGCCCUACCUGAAUGUCAGUGAUGGAAGGUUUGAGUUCGACAUUGCGUUUCCCUUCCAGCAGUGAGGAGCCCUCGCACACGGAGCCAAACACGACCACCUGUUUGGAAGGUGAAUGAACAUUUCUCUCUGCCGCAACAUUUUUCACCUUGUUGCUAAGCUCGUAUUCGAGAGCUGUACCUGUAAUAUUUUUCUCUGAGACCAAUAAAAUAACAUUUAAACUA